AUGCCGCGCGCCGCGCCGCUGCUGGCGGGCUCGCUUCCUGCCUGCUGCCCGCGACCCACCCCGGUGUAUUCCGUGCGCUCGCCCCCCUCGCGAGCGCCUCGCAUGGCGUUUUCGUCUGCUACCUCGUCGCCGCCCAGCCCUGGAUCGCCUGCCUCCUCGGGGUCGUCUUCCUCGCCUGCCGCGCCGGGCUCCUCAGCGCCGACGCCUCACUCCGCUGCGCCGGCGUCGGCCUCGCCGCCGCAGGGUUUCGCCGCCUUUUCGGUUCCACAAGGGCCUGCCGACGGAGGAGUCGCGCCUGCGUGCCCGUCUCGUCAACCCCCAGUGCAUCACCUGGGCCUAAAGGGCGGUCAGGCGCCGCCUUCGUCUCUGCCUCCUUCGUCCCCUGCGAUUUCCGUCCGGCUCCAGUCCUCCGCGCCUCCUCUUCCGCCGCCCUCUGCCUACCGCCGCUGGUCGCGAGCACCCUCCGGGGGCCUCGAGGCGGGACUGUACUGCCCGCCCGCGCCGGUUCAGUCGACAUUUGCUUCUCCUUUUCCCUUCUACUCGCACUCGUUCCCCGCCUGCGCCGCGCCCUCGUCGCCGCCGCCGCCGCUCUUUGGGCCUCCGCCGCUUGCUCCCACGCCGCAGCCCACCAACCCCCCGUCUGUGGAGGCACAGAGCUGCGCCGCUGCCGCGGCGGCUGCGGCUGCGGCGCUGGAGAGCAUAUCGCGCGCCGAGGCGCUGCUCGCCUCCGCGACGGAGGCUGCGGCCGUCGCCCGCUCCAUCCAGCAGGCAAAGGACAAGUGGCAGCGGAUAGCCUCGCAGGGCAGCGGUCCAGAAGUCGAGGAGCUGCGCCGGGCGCUGCUGCAGCAGGCCGCCGCUGCCGAGGCCUCCGCCGCCGCGGAAGCGCUUGCGAGAGCCGGCGCCUUAGGCCUGACGAAAACCGCGCCGCCGUCCCGAAGGAACUUGUGGCUACUCUCUUUGUCCUCCAGCCUUCCCUUCAUCGGCUUCGGCUUCGUGGACAACUGCGUCAUGAUCACUGCCGGCGACGUGUUCGACACGACGCUAUGCGUGACACUCGGCCUGACGACGAUGACCGCGGCGGCGCUGGGGAACUGGAUUUCUGACCUGAUGGGACUGUGGCUGGGGUGUCGCAUUGAGGAGCUGAGCGCACGCAUCCUGCCGCUCCCGAAGCCUGACUUCACGAAGGAGCAACUCGAGAGCCCUAUCUGUCGCAAGUACUACUACAUCGGGACGGGCAUUGGCAUUUCCAUCGGCUGCAUCCUCGGCAUGGCGCCGCUGCUGUUCCUGGACACGAAGGAGGGCGAGCGGCGGAAGCAGCAGCGCGAGCAGGCGCGUGUGCUUCACUCGGAGGUGGCGAGCUGUCUCAAGAAUUACCUCCAGGCUGAACACGUUGUCCUCUAUCUCCUCGAUGCCCAGGACAGCACCUUUGACGCCGUCGUCGACGGCCAAAGCGUCUGCGUGCCCUCUCACGUAGGCAUUCCGGGCGUCGUGUUUGAAACUGGCCAGUUGAUAAACUGGGAAGGCGCGCAUGUGAAGAAGAGGUCGACGGAGGAGGGCGCGUCGUGGGCACUGCCAGCGAAGGGCAAGCAGCCUUCGCUCUCGGCGCUUUCGUCGUUGUUCUUCGCCUCGUCUUCCAAGAGCGCGGAGAAAACCGAGCCUCCCACGUCUCCGCCGGCUCCGGAUCCGAGGCUCGAGCCCAACGACCGCGCGGGAGACGAAACGCUGGGGGGAUGGCGGGAUAGCUGGACGUCGCCGCUGCUCUCCGCCUUGUCGCCGAGGAAGUCAGUGGUAACUGAAGAAGCUGCGGGCACACGCGAAAGGCGGGGACAGCCAGAGCGAGGAGGCGAAGCGCGUUCUUCAGCCGAAGAGAGACGAAGCGCAGAGGGCGGCGAGGAGCGAGUACAAAGGACGGAGAAAAAAGAGAAAACUGGAGGAGGCGACGAGGCGCCGGAAGGCGUGCCUUCGUCAGGGCCCCUUCCAGGUGUACAUACACUGCCCGGGACGCCAGACGUCAGACACGUUCUAGCGGCGCCGAUCUUUGGCAUUGAGGGCAACAUCAUCGGCGUCGUGGAGGUGAUCAACCCCGUCGGGCGGCCGCGCUUCACUGACCAAGAUCGCGACUUCCUUCUCUCCAUCUGUCCGCACAUCGCGGUUCAGCUCGAAGGCCGGCAACAUCUGACAAAGAUCAUUGAGCUGUGUCGCAAGCAGGUUGCGAGUCGCGAGAAGACGCCGAGUCCGCCAGAGUCUGGCGACUCCGAAGGGAGCAAGUGGCUCGAGUCUCACACGCAGAUGUCUCCGUACUGA